AUGGAGCCCAGAGUGAAGAAAAGCCUCGAUCUCGACUGCAUUGCGAUCAGCCUUCAGAUACACGAGUUUGGCUUGAGUGGGCGUAAGCCACAAGUGCCCAUCUUCGCCUUAUCCGCGCGCAAGAAGGAAUUCCUCGCCAAGUUUGACUUGCUUGUGACAGUCAUCAUUAACGACAGGCCGAUAACGGUAGGGCUCACCGCAUUUAGCCUUGCGCAAGAGAAAGCUAAGCGCAAGAGAGGAAGCACACGAUCAGGCUCGCCAGAGCUCAAGGUGAGGUUUCAGACCGAGAAGGUCGACUCUGCUCCGCGAGUAGAUGUGACCGAGGUGCUUCCUACCGUAACCAAGUCGGUGAAGAGCAUCUGCUUUGUCGGCGCAGGCUUUGUUGGUGGACCAACUGCUGCCGUCAUUGCCUACCACAACCCAGAUAUCACAGUCAAUGUCGUUGAUCUUAACGAGGCGCGCAUUGCUGCUUGGAACUCUAGCCAGUUACCAAUCCACGAGGAUGGGUUGUUGAAGGUUGUAAGGACAGCUCGUGAUGGUACCCUCGACACAAUGGUGAAGAUUCCGGGUCUUCCCAGGUCCCUCAAGCUCGACGCCCGCAGCCCCAACCUGGUGUUCUCGACCAAGGUAAACGAGGCCAUUGAGGUGGCCGAUGUCAUCUUCAUUUGCGUCAACACACCUACCAAGACUUAUGGCCUGGGCGCCGGGUCGAUGGCCGAUAUCAGCAUGGUGGAGGGUGCUAGCAGGACCGUUGCGCAGCACGCCAAGAAGGGGGCCAUCAUUGUCGAGAAGAGCACUGUCCCAUGCGGCACAGCCCGUGUCAUCCAAGACAUUUUCAAAUACUACCGUCCCAACGACGACUUCGAGAUCCUGUCGAACCCCGAGUUCCUUGCCGAGGGUACCGCCGUCGAGAACCUCAUGCGCCCAGAUCGCAUCCUGAUUGGCAGUGCCCGCACCUUGGCCGGCAUGAAAGCGGCGGAGAGUCUCAAGAACGUAUACGCCGCCUGGGUUCCUCAAGAACGUAUCAUCACUGUCAACACUUUCAGCAGCGAGCUGUCGAAGCUUGUCGCCAACACGAUGUUGGCUCAGCGUAUUAGCAGCAUGAACGCUGUGAGUGCCAUGUGUGAGGAGAUCGGUCUGGGAUCCGACGUGGACGAUGUUAGCCUGGCCCUUGGACAGGAUUCGCGAAUCGGGCCCAAGUUCCUCCAGGCAGGUGUUGGUUUCGGCGGAUCUUGCUUCGAGAAGGACAUUCUCAACCUGUCGUACCUGGCGAGGGAGCUGCAUCUGGAUGUCGUUGCCGACUACUGGCUGGGUAUUCUGAAGAUCAAUGAGUAUCAGCGUGAGAGGUAUGCUCACAGGGUUGUCAAGGAGUUGAACGGUUCCCUUCGCGGAAAGAAGAUCUCCGUGCUGGGCUUCGCCUUCAAGGACGGCACCAACGACACUCGCAACAGCAUUGCUGUCCACAUCAUCAAGAGCCUGGCGGAAGAGAUGCCCUUGGAGAUUGCCAUCUUCGACCCCGGAUGUGCUGCCAACGAGAUCCUGGAGGAGAUUGAGAAGAUCGGCUUGACAAAGGCUCAGCUAGAGCGCGUCAAGAUCUGCAGCAACUGGCGCGACUCGGUUAAGCAGGCCAGCGCCGUGUGCAUCCUGACCCAGUGGAAGCAGUUUCGCGGUGCUCAGCUUGGGCGCUCGACAAAGGCCACCGUCAAGACACCGUCCCAGCCAGCCGCCAAGACCUUUGUCAACGGCAAGCUCACCGAGAUGGCCAUCCUAGAGCUAGAGGCCAUGGUUUCUCGCGAGCUCAACAUUACCGACGAGGACCCCCUCCGAAGACUCAAGCCAGAGGCGGCUGCUCAAGGGUUCGAGAUAUUUGGUCUGGCGGCGUCCAUGAUGGAGGAGAUCAGCCAGGAGCCAGUCAACUGGUUCGAGGCCGCGUCGUUGAUGCAGGAGCCCCGAUGGGUGUUUGAUGGCCGCAAUGUCGUCGAUCCCAUCGGACUCCAGUCGCUGGGCUUCAAGGUCCGUGGCAUCGGCAAGUGA